AUGUCAAGCUUAGAAGAACUUUGUUUAGAUUUUGUCAAUCGUAAUACACCAAUUAUUGAUGUUAUUCCUUUUAAUAAUCAACUUAAUUUACCAUCAAGUGAAGAUAUUCAAAAAACAUUUAAAAAUUUUCAAAGCAAUCAAGUUAUUUCAUUUAUUGAUUAUUUUCCAAAGGCAAAUGAAUUUCAUUGUUAUAUUUAUUCAUAUCCAUAUAUAUGGACAGAUUAUAAUAAUAUAACAAAUAAUUUUCGUGGUGGAUUAUUUGAAUCUGUUCUUAAAAUCUCAUUAGUUGAUGAACGUCCUUUCGAAUAUGAAUUUUUUCUUCAAAUUGCUAAAUCAUUUCCAUUUAUCCAACAACUACAUGUACAUAAUCGAGAACAACAAAAGAAUGACACUCAACAAUGGUCAAUCAUUGAAUAUUCUCAUCUUACUCACAUUAAUCUUGUGCAAACUCAUGAAAAUUAUUUGGAACAAUUUUUGAAUAAUACUAAAAUGUCUUUAUUAAAUAGUAUUAAUCUUCGUGUAGAUUAUAAUGCUUUACAAAGAGUAAUAGACAAUUUUACAAGUGAUGUCACACGAAUGAAUUGUUCCAAAAUCGAAUGUCUAAUUUUAUACAACGAACCAGAAAUAUCUCUAGAUUUGAAAGACUAUUUUUCUCAUGCAAAAAUCUGGUGA